GCGAAUGUCAUUAUUAUAAUCCAGACGUCCCUCAGAUGUUUCCAUUCCAAGGAUUCGGGAAGACCUCCAAGCACUCCAGACGGCAUCUAUGUGAAAAGCGUGUACUUAUUGGCUGGUACUGCAAUAUGUUUGGAUCAUGACCGUUGGCCUCCUCAGUGAUUUCGUGGAGAGUCGUGAAUUCACAACCCUUCAUAAAGUUCUUCUCGGGUUGCAGCGGCGCUUCAGAACACUGGAAGAUUAUCUGGGGUCUUUUGGGCAAGCUAAGUUACUACCUGCAAUUAUUGACGCUCCUGAUUCCUGUGGUCGGACGGCACUUGCAUGGGCUGUUGAAUACGGCUGGGCAGGCGCAGUUGAAUCACUGCUCAGGUACGGAGCAAAUCCUCACCAGUUGAGGCAGUCCCUUCAGGGAAAAUCCCCUCUGCUGCAUCUGAUCAUCGCCGAUUCGGCUUUCCAAAGUUCAAAUGAUGGGUUCCUUCGGGUGGUAAGAUUACUGCUCAGGGAGGGAGUUGAUGUCAAUGCUGUUGACCACGAGGGGUGGACACCUCUACAUGUUGCUGCCUCAUGGAAUCACUACGGUGUUAUUCAAGAGCUUGCUCUAUUUGGAAGUAAUAAGCUCGAUUGGGAUUCAAUGACCGACGACAAUCAGUCAGCAAUGGAUCUAUCCCUUGGGGCUGGAUUUGACGAGGGGGUCCGACGUCUUCUUCGGCAUCAUAGC